AUGAUGGCAGGAAUGAAAAUCCAGCUGGUGUGCAUGAUACUGCUGGCUUUCAGCUCCUGGAGUCUGUGCUCAGAUUCAGAAGAGGAAAUGAAAGCGUUAGAAACAGAUUUAUUGACCAAUAUGCAUACAUCAAAGAUCAGUAAGGCAAGUGUUCCCUCUUGGAAAAUGAGCCUGCUGAAUGUCUGCAGUCUUAUAAAUAACCUGAACAGCCAGGCUGAGGAAACAGGAGAGUUUCAUGAGGAGGAGCUUAUUACAAGAAGGAAAUUUCCUGCUGCCUUAGAUGGCUUUAGCUUGGAAGCAAUGUUGACGAUAUACCAGCUCCGAAAAAUCUGUCACAGCAGGGCCUUUCAACAUUGGGAGUUGAUUCAGGAAGACAUUCUUGAUGCUGGAAAUGACAAAAAUGAAAAGGAAGAAGUGAUAAAGAGAAAAAUUCCUUACAUUCUGAAACGGCAGCUCUAUGAGAAUAAACCCAGAAGACCUUACAUACUCAAAAGAGGUUCUUACUACUACUGA